GCUGAAGUGGGAGAAAGAAAAACGUGUGCAAACUCCCAAGGCCUCUCUGUGUGACUGUGUCUUGGAAGAGGAAAGCUUAACCGAAGUGUACCUCAUCCACUAAUUUCUAAAAUUAAACUGUGGUCAACUUUGGAAAUCAGUUCCCCCCUAUUUUUGUUAAGGAUGGUCAAAGAGUGACACGAGAAUAUCCAAAAUAAAAAAAAUUCCAUUUUCAUUUUUGUUUUAACGCCUGGUCAAAUUUCUGAGACAGCUAGAUCUCUUGCAUCUUCGCCUAAAACGUGUAGAUAAUCAAAAUAGGGAAAAAAUCCCCACUAAAACCAACGUUUAUCUAUUUCAUAACAAGUGGUCAACGCAUAAUUAAUAUGAUGAUCCUGAAAUUGUAGUGUAUUGAGUCAUGCCACCGUAGAUAAGAAAGAGAAACAGAUAAAAGGCUAUUUGAGCGGGGUCCAGCGUGGGACCCGGCACCGUUUGCUCCAUGAGGGAGUCCAGCUCAUAGUCUCAAAGCCUUCGUUUUUGUUUCGUUGGCACUCUCACACUUGCACCCCAAUACCCAUACCUUCCCUUUUAUUAAUACCUUCCUCUUCUUCUUCUCUUCUUUCCAUUCACACAACAUAGAAUAUUAUUAUUAUUAUUAUUAUGUCAUGACAAACCCAACAACCAUCUUCUCCUUAGUCCUCCCCGCCAUGAUCAAAUUGUUCAAGAGGAACACAAACACUGACACGUGUCAUCACCACCGUUACCGCCACCCCGUUUUGGGCCUGGGCCUGGCCACAAGGGAGGCCCACAGGCCUCCUAAUGUUCUGGAAUCCGCUAUGUUGAGGCCCACGGCUCCUCCACCGAGCGAGAAGAGAGUAAUUAUUGGAUCCGUGGACGACGUCGUUACGGGGCUGGCGUCUUGCACCGAGAGUCUAGGGUUUGAAAGCUCCGACGAAAUUCACAACAACAACGAUAAUUGCUGCGACGAGAAAGAGAAUUGCGACGAUGAGAUUUGGCGGAGGAGGACCAUGAAGGCGGAGGGGAGAGGGAAGGUGCGGUCGUUUCCGCCGCCGCUGUCGUCCUUGAACCGAAACGGUAAACCGAGUUUUUAUCUCCGGCCUGUGAGGAAAGACGGGAGGUUAGAGUUGACAGAAGUGAGAAUACAGCGAUCGGAGAUUCUGCAUGCUUCGAGGCAUAACGGACGCUUGACAUUGCGCCUGGUGCCAGAUCUAGAAGAGGAAGAAGAAGAAGAAGAAGAAGAAGAGAGGGUUGAGGAGUGGAGGCUGCGUGGUGUGGGAGGGAGUGAAGGGUUAAGGAGGUGUCACGAAAUGGUGAAGCAACAUCACCAUCAUAAUGUUCAUGGAAACCUGCGAAUGUGUGGAAUCAGCAUUGUGUGAGGGAGGGACACGUGGCGGGCAGGUUUUGAACGGAAAGGGACAUGCAUGAAUGAUUUCAACGUUGGAAAAUUGUUCCUUCUCUGACGUUGGUGUUUGUCUGUGUCGUACUACGUGUGAAACUAAUGUGAACUGUUGCGCUGCCAAAUGCUAAUUUUGGCAUAACAUAAACAAAGGUUGGAUGCUGAACUGCACCCACCGUGCAUGCGGUGUUGUUUCCUUGCGGGAAAACGACAAUAAACUCAUGUAAUUAUUUAACUGCGUUUUUGUUUUCUUAAGCAGUAUGUGUGAAUAGAGAGAGAGAGAGAGGGAGGAUGUCCGGAUGUGAAGAAUCGAGACAUUUGUAUUUACCAAAUUUUGAAGUUUUAUUUUAUGUUAUAGAUCAAGAACAUAUAUAUACUACGUGCAUUUUAAUUUAUUAAAUUUUUAAGAUUAUUGAAACAAGCUAAAGUUCUCUUGAUACUUGUGUUAUUAAAAUCGUGGUUUUCCCCUUUUGACCUAUUUUCUUCAUGUUCAAAAACACUCUCUCCAUUUGCAAAUCUUUCUUCCUUUUCACAAAUCAUUUCUCCUUCAUUUGCAACUGCUAUCUUGGGAUGACGACGCAUGUGAACUUAAGGGUGUCCUCUUCUCUAAUUUGCAAACUCACAAUCUUUACCUCUCGAUCCUCUAAGUCUAAUCUACAUUUUCUCAUAAUCUUACUCUCAGUCUCUACAAUUUGAAUUGAUUAUUUAUUUUUUCAUCUCCGAUUUAGAUUGUUCUUUGAUUUUCACUAAUUUGCAUUGUUCACUCACAAUUGUAUGUUGGACUGUUCUCUAUUUUACGAGUUGAAGAAAAAUGGAUUCAAUUGGAGGAAGUGGAACUGAAGGUGCAAUGAGUGGAGCAAAUGGACCGCUGCCUAAAAUUCACAAAAAUGAUUCAUGUGGCAUGGAAACACCGUGUUUCAGUUGUCGGGUAUACAAGAAAAAUUAAAUGCAAAUACUGUGAGAGGAUGUUCACAAGAAAAGGGUUUAUUAUAUUGUUUGAAGCAAAAUUUGGCCGGAACAACCAAAGAUGUCGGAGCUUGCGGCUUGUCCCUAAAGAUGUUCAAAAAGAAAUGUUGGAUAUUGUUUCAUCUUUGCAUGAAAAGCUCAUAAAAAAAAAUCAAAUGAGUAUAAAGGAUCUUUGUGUAGUCAUUUUGACAAAAAAGCAAAAAAGAAUUACUGAUCUAUUACUCAAACUGGGCUU